AGCAUGUCGACAUUUCGGACCAAAACACGAGCAGCUGCGACCCACACGCGGCGACGUCCCUCUGACUCUGAGUCCUGUGACAGCUCUCUCUUGCUUUUCCCUGGCGUUUUUAGGGGGUUUUUCAAUAAGGUGUGACGCGGUGUAGCUGAGGAUGCCCAUCACUCGCGAGGAGGAAAAAGUAUUAGAUGAACACUUUGUGGCCAACAGCUACGUAGAGGGGUUUACUGCAAGCCAGGCAGACACAGCAUUGUUUGAGUACUUCACAGGCACGCCAAGCCAGGACUUGCCGAGUCUCCAGCGUUGGUUUAGACACAUAGCAAGUUUUGAUAAGGAUCGAACCACAUUCCCUGGGAGCAAGAGAAACCCCUUGGAAAUAUCUAUUAAUGGGAGGAAGAUAACAGUCAUGGCAGAUUCAACAGCAGUCGAACAGAGUGCCGCUUUGGAGCAAAAUUCAACAGCGGAAGCACCAGUUGAUGAAGAUAUUGUAGAUCCUUGGAAUGUCCAGGCCUCUAGUAGUAAAGGCAUCGACUAUGACAAGCUAAUAGACAGGUUUGGGUCGUCGCGCAUUGAUGCCACUUUGCUGGAGAGAUUUGAGAAGGUGACGGGUCGCAAACCUCACCACUUUCUCAGACGAGGGAUCUUCUUCUCCCACAGGGACAUGCACAGAAUUUUGAACUUAGUGGAAGCUGGCAAGAAGUUCUUCCUGUACACUGGCCGUGGUCCUUCCUCUGAGGCCCUUCAUGUUGGCCAUCUCAUCCCCUUUAUUAUGACCAAAUGGCUGCAGGAUGUGUUUGAUGUCCCCUUGAUAGUGCAGCUCACUGAUGACGAGAAGUACCUGUGGAAGGACUUGAAGCUGGAGCAGUGCAACAAGCUGGCAUACGAGAACACCAAAGACAUCGUGGCAAUGGGCUUUGACAUAAACAAGACCUUCAUCUUCUCUGAUGUUGACUUCAUCGAAGGGAGCGGAGAGUUCUAUAGGAAUGUCUUGAAAGUACAGAAACAUGUGACCUUCAACCAAGUCAAGGGAAUCUUUGGCUUUGACGAGUCGUCCAACAUUGGCAAGAUCAUGUUUCCUGCAAUCCAGGCGGCACCAAGCUUCUCGUCUAGUUUUCCAUUUAUUUUCAAGGGGAAGAAGGAUGUGCCCUGUCUUAUCCCAUGUGCUAUUGAUCAGGAUCCCUACUUCCGGAUGACUCGUGAUGUGGCCCCAAGAAUAGGGUUGCAGAAGCCGGCCCUUCUCCACUCGACCUUCUUCCCAGCCCUGCAGGGAGCGAGCACCAAGAUGAGCGCCUCCGAUGAGAACUCCUCCAUAUUCCUCACUGACACGGCCAACCAGAUCAAGAAGAAGGUCAACAAAUAUGCAUUCUCUGGUGGAAGAGAUACAAUUGAGGAGCACCGGGAAAAAGGAGGUGACUGUGAGGUGGAUGUGUCUUACAUGUACCUAACCUUCUUCUUAGAAGACGAUGAAAAGUUAGAGGAGAUUCGCCAACAGUAUUCCACAGGCAAGAUGCUCACAGGAGAGCUAAAGGCUGAGCUUAUUAAGAUUCUCCAGGCAUUGGUUGCAGAACAUCAAGCCCGAAGAAAAGAAGUGACUGAGGAUCUUGUUAAAGAAUACAUGAAACCCCGGCCUUUAAAUUUCUGAUAGUGUAGACUUGUGCUAGUUUGGCAAUUAUCAGCAAUUUUAUAUUGUUCUGUCCAUUAAGUGAUAAUGUGAAGUUCAGGUGGUUAGGCAGAGACAAGAAUAGUUGAAAAUUGAACUUGUAUUAUUGGUUAUCUUUCAACUCCU